UCUUCAACAUUAACGCCAUAUAGACAAUCGGAGCAAUUGUGCUUCAUUCUGACAUAGUAAGAUAUGGUGGUAAGCGAAAGGAUGAAAGUAUAGAGUCCGAUUGACAUGCUCCUCGCGGUUAUGCCGACAUUGGCAGAAUCGGGGGACAGGUGGUGGUAGUUACCUCGGUGGUAUGCCGAAAUGUUGAUAAAUUAAGAUGUCGAAUUCUCAGGGGCGCUUCUCAUACCCAUAGCUUAGUUUGUAAUAACCAAGGCACCUUUUCUUCGUCAGUGUAUACCAUUCAUCUUUAUCGCAAGCAUGCCGUACGUCCAUAGCAUGCAUGAGACAGAGACUAGCAUCUCUACAAUCGUUGGGGGAACCAGACAAGCUCCAGAACCCAAGAAACUCAUCCUCUGUUUCGAUGGUACUGGUAAUACGUUCACAGGGUCCAAUGCCGAUACCAAUGUGGUCAAGAUCUUGAACAAUCUCGAUCGCAAUGACCCUAACCAAUACCAUUAUUACCAAACCGGCAUCGGUACGUAUGAUAUCAACGAGACGUCCGUAAAUAAGACAUGGUUCGGUGAGAUGCGGAGCACCAUCUCGCAGGUAAUCGACCAAGGCAUCGGAACUACAUUUGAUGCGCAUGUUAUGGCCGGUUACCGGUUUCUGAUGCGAUACUAUGAUCCCGGCGACAAGAUAUACAUGUUCGGAUUUAGUCGUGGCGCUUUCACGGCCAAGUUCCUAGCACGUAUGAUUAACACUGUGGGACUACUUUGUAAAGGGAACGAGGAAAUGGUUCUCUUCGCAUACCGCCUAUACCAACGUUACCUCGCAGGCGAGACCGACAAUUUCAAGAAAGGCACCGCGAAGACCGCCACAGAUGAACACGAACACGAAACAGAUCCGCUGCUGAACCACAAGGAUGGUAUGUACCAUAUGCAUCAUAGGCAUAGAUAUGAAGUAGCGAGAGAUGAAAUCACGGCUUUCAGCAACACAUUCUGCCGAAAGGAACAAACCAUCCAUUGUGGGAAGGUCGAAGAGACCAAUAUCAAGGUCUACUUUCUUGGUAUCUGGGAUUGUGUAAACUCGGUCGCAGUCUUAGAGCGAAAGACGCCCGUGCCAGUACCGGUACGUGGUACUGCACAUUUUGUCCGGCACGCCGUCGCCGUUGACGAACGUCGCGUCAAGUUCAAGGCUGCCCUCCUCGCUCAAGACAUUCGCGCAUCUUCGCAUGUCCACGAGGACAUCAAAGAAGUUUGGUUCCCGGGCUGUCAUGGCGAUGUGGGUGGUGGCUGGCCCGCUGCUGUUGAUAACCCUCUUGAUAACAGGGAGCACAUGACAAUCUGGCAACAUAUUAAGAACUUCUGGACGACGCGUAAGGCCAAGGUGCCGAGCAAAAACGUGGGAACCGAUCCAUUUCAGAUGAGUGAUAUCCCACUAGCAUGGAUGAUACGAGAAGUCGAACUCGUAGGUCAGCAAGAUCCCUCAGCGGCAGUCAAAUGGUGUCAAAGCGUCCAUGGCUUUAAACAACGAUUCAAUGAGCAGAAGAAUAAGAGUCAGGCGCUUAAGGGAUUUAUGCAUGACUCGCUCCGAUUCGGAUACGGGACAGGUUUCUUUACUGUGCUGCUUUGGAAAUUCCUGGAAUAUUUCCCGUUCAUAACUCGAUGGGAAUUGGACCACGAACACAAUGAGUGGUUUCAUGUCCGAUUCCCGCUCAACGCGGCUAACACGCGUGACAUCCCGCCUGAUGCGGUACUGCACGAGUCGCUUCUUUGGAGGUUGCGUAAUGAUAAGUCUUACCAGCCUCGUAAUAAUCACGGCGGACCAUUGCCGCCUUGCUUAACUCCGGAAGUCAAAGUCGAACCUAUUGAUGAUACGGAAAGACUAGAUGUAACAGAGCAUGAUGGACAUGGUCAUAAAACGUUUAAGAUCGUGAAGUCGAAUCCUAGCGGGGAGAAUUGAGGCCGGGCUAGAUCGAAGGGUGAGAUUACAUUGUGCAGGAAGAAGAAAAAUGAUAUAUCGUUCCACUGUGCUGGGCAGCUGAUUAACGUACGGAAGUCCGAAGUGUAAAAGAUCGGAUAUAAAUCGGACGGAAGCAAUGUUCCUACUUAAUUACCAUUUCAAAACUAGAUAGUCUUUGUUUUAUCGAUAAUUCAAGUUAUUUAAG